AUGGUUCGAGCUUCAGUUCUUAACGACGCCCUUAACAACAUCGUCAACGCCGAGCGACGAGGAAAGAGACAAGUUCUUAUCAGACCCUCUUCCAAAGUUGUCAUCAAGGUUCUUUCCGUCAUGCAAAAACACGGUUACAUUGGUGAAUUCGAAAUCAUCGAUGACCACCGAGGCGGUAAAGUCGUUAUCCAACUUAACGGUCGAUUGAACAAGACUGGUGUCAUCUCUCCUCGAUUCAACAUCGCUGUUGAUGCCAUUGAGAACUGGGUUACCCUCCUCCUUCCCGCUCGAUCUUUCGGUAAGAUCAUCCUCACCACCUCUGCCGGUAUCAUGGACCACGUCGAGGCCAGAAACAAGCACGUUGGUGGAAAGAUCCUCGCUUUCGUCUACUAA